UGGGGAUGCUGGGGUGCUAUGACUCCCCAGAGUGCAGUGCCACCUAUUUUCCGGAGGUUCUGAGAGGGGUUCCCAGUCACAUCCCCAAGUGCAGGUGCUGACCACUCCCUAAUCAGCUCCCCUAAUCGCCAUCCCCUGCUUCCCUCCCCCCCCUCUAUAUUUAUCCACCCUCCGCCCCUGCCAGGUGCUGGCGCCCGCCCCAGAGGCACAGCCCGCCCCACCCGGGCAUCGGGCAUCAAGCCACUCGGCCUUCUGGGGACCCCUGAGCGGGGGAUGGGGAUUGACUCAAGCCACAACCACUGGAGUGUGGUUGCCUGGUGUGCAGGGACACCAGAGAGGAGACACCUCUCAAUACCAAUCCCACCUGGGUUUCCCCAGGGCAGAUUCCCGGGCAGCCGGGUGUCCCCCCCAACACCCACCUCUAAGAUUCCCCAGGAAUCUCACCAGGGAGAGCCCAGAGUUCAGUCCUGAGCGACCAGGUAAAGAUGAGGGGCCCUCGAGGAAUUGUGGCCCCCAGCUCCCGCUCUAUGGAGUUCCGGCCUCGGACCCCAACCCGAAGAUGACCUGUCCCCCUCUCACAGGUCCCCGCGGCGGGAGCUCCCGCAUCUGGCACCUACGCUCAGCGCUCAGCAACUGGGAGCGGAGCGGACCCAGGCGACCGAGCCGCCCAGCCGGCCUCGCCACAUUCCUCGGCGCUGGCGGAGGCGGAAGGAGACGGGAUGGGACGCGGGACCGGCGGGGAAGGGAGAAGCAGGGCCAGUUCGGGCCACGCGUGACACCUCCCCUGCCUCAGGGCCCCCAGCAGGUGGACAGCGCCCAAUUCCACCAAGAGCGCGGUGUUUGUCUGGAGCAGGAGCAGAAGCAGAUGCGACGGUCAGUUGUGGUGAGAAGGGCUGAGACAAGCUCCAAACCCGUCGGGACUUACCCUCCCGCCGCCCGCUGGACUCGGGUUUUCGUCACAGUCUCCUCCGUCCAAUCCCUGAGCCUGGCGCCGGGUGCGGCCACCAAUCAAGCUGCUGAAACCUCGGCGGGUUGCAUCAUGUGCCCCUGGCUAGAGGUCCUAUAAAGAAGCGAGCCUCAGUUCUCAAAAGCAUGUUGAGAACGGCGGUGAACACAGCUCUAGAGGUGCCUCCCACCCUAUCCUACCUCCUCCCCUGGCUGCAGAAGUCCAGUGUCUCACUCCUUUUCGUUGCAAAGAAACUGAGGCAGAGACUCUGGGGAAACGAAGGCCUAGGCCGGCAAGGAAAUCUACUUUAGAACGCACUGCUCACUGAACUCCAGUAGGGAGAGUGACUUGGGAUUACACGGGGUUCUGUGAUCUUGGAAUCCAAGGAGUGCCUAGCAGGGUGACUGUCCUGUGGUAGUGUGGAAGGGGUUAACCCCGACGCUGAGCGGGCCGGGCGGGGCCGCGGGCAGGGCGUGGUCAGGGCGACCUCGGGCGCGCUGCGUUGCUGACUCAGCGGCUAUUCCCGCGGUCUCCGGUGGAGGGUUCCAGGUUGGCCCCCAGUGGAUGGCGUGCGGGACCCUUUGAAGAUCGGCGCCAUCUCCCGGCCUUUGCUGGAUCCUGACCCCUGGAGGUCGUGGCUCUCGGCAACAGCCACUGGAGGUUCUGGAAGAGAAGGCUAGCGCAAACUGUAGAGGCGGGCCCGGGCGGGCCAUCAGGCCAGUGCCUCCCAGGAGACCUCCCCGCCACGCCCCGCCUUUCUUGCUUGGGAUCCCUGGACUUUAGGCUGGAGAGGUCCGUGCAAGCUUUGCUGACCGGAUAUUAAAUUGCAAGAGUUUUCGCACAUGAA